CAUAUUUUUUGGUAACGCGAGAUAGGUCUGUAAAAUUUGUUAGCUAUGUAGCAAACGGUGACCUUUUCCCCUAAUCCUUUAUACCCGUUUCAACCCUCGUUGGACCUCUAAUUCUUGUUCUGAACUAGAUGUGAUGUCGGAUAAACGUCAACGAGCCAGGGUCCAGGGUUCCUGGGCAAAACCAUUGCCCAAACAACCACGCCCAACAGGAGCAGUUCCCACCAGCAGUGUUGUGAGGCCAACUGCCAGUCCGCCAUCUGCAUCAUGGGGAGUUGGACAGAGCAUGUUUGAGUAUCAACAGCCUGACAAGUCCCUCAGAGAUGUCCCUGCAGAGAAGGUGAUCGACAAGAGGGGUGAUUAUGACAUCAGCAAAGGCCCAUCAGGCGUGUCUAGGCUGAGGCUGAUCCCUGGUUUCCUGUCGACAGAGGAGGCUGACUGGGCCUUCAGUAAACUGCAAACAGAGCUGCCCUGGUCCCAGAAGACCAACUACAGACAGGGUGAGGCCUAUGAGGAACCCAGGCUGACCUGCUGGUAUGGAGAAGUGCCGUACACAUAUGCCCACUCCACUAUGGAAGCCAACACCCAGUGGCACCCGUUGCUUGUCACCCUGCGCACUGCAGUAGAGAAGGAGAGUGGCCCCCACUUCAACUCCCUGCUGUGUAACCUGUACAGGAACUGCAAGGACAGCAUAGGCUGGCACAGCGAUGAUGAGGCUGCGCUGGGCCUUCAGCCCACAAUCGCCUCCCUCAGCCUGGGGGACACAAGGGUGUUUAGCCUCCGCAAGAAGCCCCCACCGGAGGAGAAUGGCGACUACACUUAUGUGGAAAGGCUGCGAAUCCCUCUGACUCAUGGCACUCUUCUGAUGAUGGAAGGAGCAACACAGGAUGACUGGCAGCAUUCGGUGGCCAAAGAGUACCACGACCGAGGGCCUCGUAUCAACUUGACCUUCCGCACCAUGCACUCAGGCCUUGAAAGUCAAAGACCAGGGAUCAGACCACCAUACCGACACUAGAACCAGAGGCCGGCAGUCAUCACAUGCACCUUUUAAACUUAAAGGGAUAGUUGUGUAUUUUUGCCGAUCCACCAUUAUCUACUUCCCAAGAGUCAGGUGAACUUGUAAAGGCAAUUCUUAAUGUCUUCACAUUCGGUUUGAUGGAAGCUGUUAACUAGUAUUAGCAAAGUUGUUGACUAAAACUUGCACAAUGACUGGAAAUCAAUUGGAACUGCUAGUAUUCCAAGCAUUGGCUUUAAAAACUACCUCUAACUUAAUGCCUGACGUGGAGCCAUAAAAAGUUUAUCUGUCUUUGGGGAAUGGAGAAAAAAAAAUUUGUUGCCAUAAUCUCUUUCCUUCUCAGCUCCCAAUAAAAAAGGAAAAGGAAGAUGUGGAUUCUUGGACAAGAAAAUAUAAUGACCUUGGCCCUUGAUGGACGUUACAAAAGACUGUUUAUGAUAUUGUAAGGAAGAUAUGUUCACAUGGAGAAGUAAAUAAAAGCCUAAAAACACUGGAUGAGGAGUUACCAACAUGUAAUGUUUAUCUGCACGAAC